AUGGAUGACAGCGUUUUUAAAACGCCGCAGAAAGAAUCGCCGGUACUACGUUGCAACACUAAUAUGAAGCAGACCUCAAUCAAUCUGGACCGGCUAAUUAUUCACAAUAAUAAUAAUAAUAAUCAUAAUAAUAAUAAUAAUAUUAAUAAUAAAAUGUUGUUUAGAAGAGAUGGAAUAAGUAACGCUGCAUUGGCAACAACACCAUGUAUCAACCAAGACAAAAACCGCACCAAUAACACCAACAACAACAUCCACAAUAAUAAUAAUAAUGACGUCAUCAUCAACAACAACAACAAUAACACCAACAAAAGCUCAUCAUCAUCAUCGUCGUCGUCGUCGUCUUCAGUUUUCAAAUUGUCUCCAUCAAUUACGCCGUUUCAAUUAAAAUUUUUUCAUUGUCAACAAAAUAUCGAAAACAAACAACACGUCAUUAAUAAUGGCAACAACAACAACAACAACAAUAAUAAUAAUAAUAAUAAUGUGGUUAAUGACAUCAUCAACGACAAAACCGCCACUGAUGACGUCGAUUUCAGCAGCGGCUGCAACGACUGCAAAGAAAGCAGCAACAAAACGUUCACAGAUUUAAAUAAAAACAUCAAAACAAUCAGCGAAACCAAAGAAACUAUAAAUAACAUCAUUAUAAACAACAACAACCACAUUAUUAGCAAUGACGUCAUGAAUACCAACAACAACAACAACAAAAUCCCUAACAAAAACAUCAACGACAUUAACAUCAACAAAAAUAACAACAACAACAACAACAACAACAACAACAACAACAAUGGUUUCAGUAACAAUGACAUCAACAACAGCAGCAACCACAACAACCACAACAAAUACAACACCAGCAGCAGCAACAACAACAACAACAACAUCAAAUACAACAACAGAUACACGACUCCGUAUUAUUCCCAUCUUAAAAAAAUUUGGAGAUUUCGUCUUGGUUCGACAGGUUACGGGGGGUUCGGGGCGGUAUAUCUGGGCGUCUUCAGGGAUAAAAUUGUCGCCGUGAAAAAACUUCACCGAAGAGUCAAAAAUUCACGCGCAAAACUCGAAAGUUUUCGCGCCGAAUGUCAGGUUUUGAACUUGCGACACCCAAACAUCGUACAGGUGCUGGCGGCCAGUCUGGGCGACCCCCAGCAAGAUGCGGUCAUCAUCAUGGAGUACGCCGGAGAGAGGAAUCUCCUCAACGUCAUCAACGAUAGGGGGGCUGAGAUGUCCUAUCCUAGGAGAGUUAAGUACUCCAUGGAUAUAUGCGAGGCCUUGCACUUCAUCCACACCAACCUCGUUCUACACCUGGACGUGAAGCCAGCUAACAUCCUCCUCACCGCCAACGACAGCUGCAAAUUGGGCGACUUUGGCUGCUGCAGACGACUCAAACCUCAUCCAUCCCUGGACGAUAAAGCCAGUCCAUCUCCGAACAACGAUGAAAACAGCGAAUUUUUAUCGGCAGAACCUCAGCCUGUCAGCCAACUGGCAGGAACUUACGCCUACAGGGCGCCAGAAGUUCUGAAGGGAGAUGUGCCUGGUCCUCAUUCUGAUGUCUACUCGCUAGGGAUCACCAUGUGGCAGAUGUGGAGCAGGCGACAACCGUUUGCCGGAAGUAAUCAUCACGUGAUUAUAUUUUCAGUUGUUGCCUACAACGCCCGACCAGGCUUUGAGCUGAAGAACAACGAUGAAGACGAUGACUAUGAUGAUGACGACGACGAUGAUGGUGAGCGAAUUGAUGGCAUUUGUCGCGAUACGACGAAGAACAGCAAGAAGGGAAGUAGAAGCAAAAACGACAUUGAAAAGAGAUUUUUGAGUUACUUCAAACGGGCCAAUCAAACGAGAGGACUCAACCGAUACAACCAAUCAAAUCAUGUAUAUAACAGCACGCCAACCAAUACGACAACGCGAUACAAAUACAGACCUCGCAGCAAAUUACAUCAACCCAUAGAGGAAGACUUCAAACUCAUCAUUCAGCUUUGCUGGUCAGCCGAUACCGACAAAAGACCGACAACCCACGAUCUGAUAAGCAUGUUCAAAUCCUGGACCAAUAAACAAAAACCGUAGAUUCGACUCUGCUCCCCAAUUUAAUCGAGUAAUUACGAAUUAAUGCGAAUACAAACGAACGAUAUUUUUAAUCGGUUUUUUAAUUUUUUGAGACGAACUGUUUUUAACGUAUUUUUCAUUUUAAAUUAAAUUUUAAACGUUUUAAAUGUUGUUAGUUUGUUACUUUUACUGUUCCAAACUUUUACUUUAUUCAAUAUUUUAUUCUAAUGCUUCAAUGAACAGUGGGGAAAAUACCAUGUCGUCUUGUUUGUAAAAACGCCUCAAGUAAAUUAAAAUUUAACAUUAUUACCCAAUGCAACUGUAUGUAAUCCAAUGUAAUUAACUUAUUUGCGUGUGUGUGUGUGUAUGCGUGAAUAUGUGUGUGUGGAUGUGUGUGUGUGCGAAAAAGUUUGGAUAUGUGUGUGUGUGUGUGUGGAUACGUUUGUAAUUUUAUUGAAUGAAAUCUAAGUCGUUACCAUCCUCAUUAGUUUUUAUAACUUAUUCAUUGAAAUUUCUUUUCGCAUUUUAAUAUUGAAAAUAAAUAAAUAAA